CUGACACCGCCGGUCAGUCCACUCCUGUCCCGUCUUGACGAAGGCAACCUGAACGACGCCGCCAAAGAGUUCCGAGGCGAGGCCACCCACAACAACCCUUACACCUUCCGUGGCCACGACAGAACUCACACGACCAAACAUCCUGAGCACUGCCACCAGGCACCGGGCGCAAAACGAUCCCCACGUCCUGUUCAACUCUUCGACAAGCAUUACAUUUUCAGGCCCGUGACGGGCGGAAGCGGCGACAUCAGCGCGAUCCUGGUACAUCCGAUGGGCGUCGGCAGACGACACCGUCUCGUCGUCAUCACCGCCAACCUUGUCAACAAGACCCCGCAAAGCCACGCCUCAGCAUCCGGCCGUUACCGCUGCCAGAACUCCCUCGGCCGCGACGAUGGUCUCGAGAAUGUCCCCCUCCCAAGCGUGUCGGUGGCCCAGGCUAUGCGAGAUGCUGGAGCCUUCUUCGAGCCGAAGGUGGUCCUCGCGGGCCUGCGACGGGCCGACGGAGCUCGCACCUUCGUCCGCUUCGCCGACUGCGUUGCCAUCCCGGACAUUGGCCACAACAGGCCUACGAACCUCGUUCACUCCGUGUGUGUCGACUUCGAUUUAUCCGAUGAACGACUGUAUCACGUACCAGCCAAGACGCGGACGAGGCCAACACAUCGAGCUGACGGGGUAGAAUACUUCCUUGACACGGUCGACGCAGCAGACUAUCCGAUGAACCCCGCCACCGUCGUCCUACCCCUCUCCGUUGGGCGAAUCAGCAGCGACACGAACUGGAAAAACGAGUGGACGUCCGACAUUGCCCUCAAUAUGGCGAACGGCCACCGAGCAGGUCUGCGGAUUGCCGGCAUGUCCCACUUCAGCCCCAUCAUCUGCGAUGCGGCGUCCAACAUCCGGAGCGUCAAGAGCAAUGCCGCUAAGGUCCUGUCUGCAAUCUUGCCCAGUCAAUACCGAUCCCCCAUCACCGUUACUGCAACUGCAGGUCUUAGCACCGACAACUCGAGCGGCAUGACCCUCCGAGUUUCCCUCAUCCGCGACAAGACCACCUACGACGAUAUCAUUGCAGUCAGGAGUCAGGUCCACGCUGCUGACGCCUCCCUCAGAAGUAGCGACUCUGCCGACGCUAGGAUGGAGGCAGCGGCCGCGGUCGAGACCGAAACCCACGAUUGUAUCGUUGACGACAAGUUCGCGUCGACCCUCGAAGACCUGACAGCGACCGUCGGCAGGUCAGUCUUCGAGAGGCUUCUGUCUGCGCGCGCCGCCAACGGCUUUUCGAGGACCAACCGCCGGAAGUCCAAUCUCAGUGUCGUGGAACAGGACAAGGGCAUGCAGAAAUUGGGCCACGUCAUCCACCUUCUAGGUCUGUUGGAAGUUGGUGAGCGGGCGGAAGCUGACGGCCACCCGAUCCCAACAGUAUGGUCAGACUCGAGUCCAACGAUAAGGAGGGGUUUCGACAAGAACUAUCCUAGGGCCUACCUUCGACCCGUCAGAGGGCGUCAUCUUGGUCAGAUCCUUGCUCCUUGUUCCCGUCUUCGCAAGUUGAGGAAGCUCCGCAACAAGGCUUUCCACGCCGUUGAGCUCUGGUUCGCGAAGUCUACGAACAAGGACAAGUUUGCUUUCGAACUCUCCCAUGCUGGACAGAGCGCGACGGAGAGCCAGCAACCUGUGCAGGGGUCCAGGACCUUCUGUGUCGAGGAUAGCGCACCCAAGAGCAAGACCAAAGCCCUCGUCCCCACCCACGCCCUCCGCGGAACCAGUCUCGACUGUCUCCAUGUCGCAAAUCACUAUGUCCUCUUCAGCGUGACGAAUGUUUUGCUGCAUGUCAUGGACUGGAUCGCAGACACCCUCACCAAGCAGCAGAUCGACGACGCAAGCGCCCGUCGAUUGUUCCAGAUGGUAGUCACUAGUCGCUUCGAACUUGUUCCAGAAAUCGAUGGGAUUCUCAGCGACGUUGCGACCCUGGUCCGGCCUAGCAAGAGGGACAACAAGGCGAUGCGGCCGGCGUUCGAUCUCCGCGUCAGACACUUCAUCGACGACGCCAUCAACAGGAACGCUGCCGCAAGGCUGAACGUCUUCCCUACCAGCUCGUUCAGCGGAGUCGAGAACUUCCUGAGCGAAGUCAACAAGGAUGUGCUGCGACACUGA